CUCGACCGCCCUGUUGUGUCGUCGUCUCCCUUCCCAAUCGACGACCCCCUUCCGCCUCACAAGAACCACCUGACUCUCGACUCCUUCCGGGGAGUCGCCAAUACCGUCGACCUGGCUACGAGGCUAGACUCCCGCCGCUCAUUGCUCGGCGGUGACCCGAAUUUUGCCGGCUACGACCAAGAACUCGCAGCGCAACAGUACGCUCAGCAGUAUCAACAACAGUACCAGCAACAGUACAACCCACCCCAAGCAUCAUAUAAUCAAGGAUACGCCUUUCGCGAAGGCCUCGCUCCAUCCACAAUGAACGGUUCUCGUCCCGCCAGCGGAAACCAGGGCUUCAUGGGCUUCGGCUUCAUGGGUGCCAAAUGGCCUAGGAUCUUCUUCGGCAUCACUCUCGUUCAGGCCAUAAUCUGCCUGGCCUUUGAGGCUUAUGUUUUCUGGAAGUUCCAGACCAGCUUGACUGACGAUGCGCCGACCGGCAACGCCAAGGAAGAUUCGCCCAGAAAAACGAUUCCCACCUUUCUCACGCUUUUCAUUUUCGGAUUCUUGUACGAGUUGGUUAUCGUUUGGGAUGCUCUAAGGGCGAAAAACACCAUUCAGGUCAUUGGUGUUUGCAUCGCCAACCUUGCCUUGAUGGUAUACACAGCCAUUCAGGUGGACCAGAUCGCCGAGGCCGUCGACGAGCUUAAGAGAAUCAACGCGCUCAUCAACCCCAACGACGACAUGUGGGCUGACGUCAAGCCGUAUCUUGUUGCUAUUCCCUGCAUCCUUGCAUUCGGCACCAUCACCAUGGGCUUCGUCGCGUGGAAGCUGUACCAGGUCUUCGCUUGGGACAUUCUGAAGACGAUAGGAGCCGACUACAGAAUGAAGAAGCGAUUCCUCCACUACCAGAUUUAUAUCGCACUGCUGAAGUUCGAUUUCUUCUUUUUCCUUGGUUUCACCGUUCAAUUCCUCGUCAUCGUCAACGCUAGAACCGAUGCCGAAUUUGGCCUGACCAUCGCCGCGAUUCCCGUCACGAUUGCCAUUCUUCUGAUGGCGGCUUGGUUCACCAGAAUCGAGAACAAGAUUGGCAUGAUCUGUGUUCUCGUCCUCUACUUCGGCGCGCUCAGCUACUUCAUUUUCAAGCUCGUCCGCAUUUACCAACCCGCGACUCGCGACCAGUAUCAACCGGUCAGAAAGUCUCUUACCGCCUUCACUGUCAUCACCAUUCUCCUAAUCAUUUGCACAAUUGUCAACUGCGUUGUCUGCAUGCGCAACUUCAACGCCGGUCUGAAGACUCAUCUGCGCAAGCCUUCCAAGGAUCUUGAAAAGAAUCCGGACUUGAACUCCAUCAACCUUCAAGAUGUAAAGCCCUCUGUCGCGAGCCGAAUGACGAUCGACUAA